AUGUCUGGCCCACGUCUUCUCCGCACUCAAGGCCCUCGCCUUCUUGACGCCCAGGGCCCUCGUCUCCUUAAGACAGAAGGCCCACGUCUACUCUGCACUGCUGAGGGUCCACGCUUGCUCAAGACCCAGACCCAGACCCGUAGUAUCCACACUGAGGGUCCCCGCCUUCUCCGCACACAGGGGCCACGCCUCCUCAAGACGGAAGGCCCUCGUCUUCUCAAGACACAAGGACCCCGUCUGCUCAAGACCCAGAGCCGCAGCCUGCACAUGACCGGAGCGACCAGCUCCUCGUCGCUCCUUACUUCGGACAAGCCGACGUUUGGCUCUUUGGGCCCAAAGCUGCCCUCAUCUGAAGCUGCGGCCUGGACCCACGAGACUGGCAAUGUCAUGCGUCACUUCAACACAAGUCGGAGCUUGAAGGCUGUCAACGAUACCUCCACCAUCGACUUCAUGUACGUCCCGGACUUUGACCCGGAUGCGCAGACCACACCCACCCAGAUCCGUGUGCCCAUCAUUCUGUCGACUGCCACGUCUUCAGCGACACAGGCUGCUGCCGCCGAGGCUGAACAGCCGGUCAUGCAACCGACCAUCCACACUGUCGCUGCCGACGGCACGCACAUCCACGCCCCGUCCGCCAUGUCUGAUAUGACUGAGGGCAACCACAUCGACUUCCAGGGCAUGGCUGCGCAGGUUGCUACCAAACUGCAGAAGCCUGUCGAGGAAGUCGAGGGUAUGGCCAGACAGAUCUGGAAAGGUUUCGUCGACGAUGUAUUCGGCCCUAAGCAUGGCGGUGCCCCGAAGGUCUGA